GCAAAAAUCUAAACAGUUUCUUUUGUGUAGUUUCUUCUUCAACUUCCUUUCCCCAUUUCAUCGCCAUGGAAAUCGAUCCAGUAACCAACGGAAACGCUGACGCCGUGAUGACGGAAUCCGCUCCUACGAUCACUCCGUCGCCGCCCGUCCCGUCGUCGAGGUUGAGCCAAUUGACGGAAUCGCUUAAGCUUGAGCACCAGCUCCUCCGUGUACCAUUCGAACAUUACAGGAAGACGAUCCGUGCCAAUCACCGAUGCUUCGAGAAGGAGGUCUCCUCCGUUGUUUCCACCGUCGGAGAUUUGGCUGAUAACGAUUGGUCCAAAGACGUCACCGUUUCUCGUCUUACUAGCCUUGUAUCUCGAUUGCAAGGCCUCAAAAGAAAGUUGGAAGAAGGGAGCAAUGUGGAGAAUUUGCAGGCCCAGAGAUGUCGUGCUCGCAUCGAUCAUUUGGAUUCAGCAGAUGUGAAAAAUAUUACUGAAUGGAACAAUACAAAAUUGAAACGGAUUCUUGUGGACUACAUGCUGCGGAUGUCAUAUUUCGAGACAGCUUCAAAGCUUUCAGAAAGCACCAAUAUUUCGGACCUUGUCGACAUUGACAUAUUUCGAGAAGCUAAGAAGGUGAUUGACGCCCUUAAAAACAGGGACGUAGCUUCUGCACUGGCAUGGUGUGCUGAGAAUAAAACACGGUUGAAAAAGUCUAAGAGCAAAUUUGAGUUCCAACUAAGGCUGCAAGAAUUCAUCGAGUUGGUACGAGCUGACACAGCUGAGAGCUACAAACAAGCAAUCCUUUAUGCUCGAAAGCAUCUGGCACCGUGGGGAGCGACCCAUAUGAACGAAUUGCAGCAUGUUGUGGCCACUUUGGCUUUUAAAAGUACUACGGAAUGCACCAAAUAUAAGAUCUUGUUUGAGAUACGGCAGUGGGAUGUUUUAGUUCAUCAGUUUAAACAAGAAUUUUGCAAGUUAUAUGGCAUGACAAUGGAGCCGUUAUUGAACAUCUACUUACAAGCAGGCUUGUCUGCAUUGAAAACUCCAUAUGGUUUUGAAGAGGGUUGUACCAAGGAGGACCCGCUCUCACAAGAGAGCUUCCGGAAGCUAGCUCGGCCUUUACCGUACUCCAAGCAGGACCAUUCAAAGCUUGUUUGCUAUAUAUCUAAGGAGCCAAUGGACACAGAUAACCCACCACAGGUGUUGCCCAAUGGUUACGUCUACAGCACCAAGGCUCUCAAGGAAAUGGCAGAAAAGAACGGAGGGAACAUAACAUGUCCAAGGACAGGGUUUGUCUGCAACUACACAGACUUAGUUAAAGCAUAUGUAUCAUGAAUGCAGAUGCUCAUAAUCCUCACUUUGGUGCCAUUAUCAACAGAUGACAACCAAAGGUGAGGUCAGUAUUCAGACCAAAGGAACUGAAAUUCCCAAGUUUCUCUAUUGCUAGUCUCUGUGAAUAUGCUCUUACAGAUAAACUUUGCAUCACUUUUGUAGAAACAGUUCUUUCCUUUGUAUAUCAAGCUAUUUCCUCAUAACAAUUUUCUAGUCAGCAUGAAUUUUAGUGGAAGCAUGUUUGGCUGCUUUUUUUUU